AUGAAGUACGCUUACACAUUAUUGUCGAUUUUUGCAUUCAAUACAGCAUUAACGAUGGGAGCCAUGGGUGGUAAUGUUGGUGGUGGUGCAGCUGGAGGAAAUGCUCCACCUACUACUACUACUGCGGCAAAUCCAAUACCUGCUGGAGCCCAGACUGACACCACUGCUACCACUGCUGCAGCUGAUGCUGAUACUACUCCAGCAGCUGGAGCUGAUACUGCAACCACCAAGACUGGUACUACUGACACAGCCAAGACUGGAACUACUGAUACAGCCAAGACUGGUACUACUGAUACAGCCAAGACUGGUACUACUGAUACCGCAACCACCAAAACUGGAGCUACUACCCCAGCAGGUGCUGCGGGCGCUGAAUCGGCCACUGAUACCAAGGCUACGACAGCAACUACUCCAGCAGGUGCUGCUGCCACUGCUGCGACUGCUUCUGACGAUGAUACUGCUACUGCUGCUGCUGCUGGAGAUGAAGCAACUGAAGCCCCAACAAGUGCCAGUUUCGUUUCCCAUAGAGUUCUCCGUUCUACUGCUUCAAGCACAAAACAAAGUGAACCUACCAAUUCUGGUUCCGGUUCUGGUUCUGGUUCUAGUUCGAGCUCCAGCUCUAGUUCUGGUUCUUCUGAUUCUGGUGCAGGUUCCGUGAAGUUGAAUAAAUGCAACUUUUUUAUAGGCUUAAGUUUAGCCAUGUUCUUUGGGAGUGGUUUGACUAUCUUAGCUUGA